AUGAUAUUAAAAAUUAUAUUUUUCUUUAUUUUAUAAAUAUGCUUAUACUAUUCCUAAACAUAUUAUGAAAUACUUGAAAUCUAGCCCCAAUCAAGUGAUUAUUAAAUAAAAAAAUCAUUUAGAAGGCUAUCUAUGAAAUAUCAUCCUGAUAAGAACAAAUCCGCAGAAGCCAAACAAAAAUUUUAACAAAUAAACACUGCAUAUGAAAUAUUAAAGGAUCGUACAUUAAGAAAAAUUUAUGAUUCUUAAGGUGAAAAAGGAGUCCAAUAGCAUUUAUAAAACCGAAUUCCAGGCAGUAAUACUGAUCCAUUAGAUUUUUAUUCUACAAGAAAAAAUAUUGAAAGACGUGGUCCUUAAUUAAGAAUUAAGCUCCAAGUUACAUUAGAAGAUAUAUAUAAUGGAAAUGAAAUACUUGUAUAUGUUACUAAAUAAACUAUAUGCCCACAUUGUAGAGGAUUAGGUGCUAACAGUCCAAAUGAUGUAAAAGUUUGCCCUUAAUGUAAUGGAUAAGGAAAUUUUAUUCGGAAAUAAUAAAUAGCGCCUGGAUAUUAUUAAUAAUAUUAACAUUAAUGUGAAAAAUGUGGAGGUAAAGGACGUAUAGUAACUUCUGUUUGUCCUACAUGUAGAGGUUAAAAGAGUGUUGAAGGACAUGACGAGCUUUUAAUUAAAAUACCAAAAGGAAUAUUAUCAGGAGAAUAUAUAGUACAUAAAAAAGAAAUUAAAAUUUAAUAUAUAUUUAUAUUUAUAUAGAAAUUUGAAGGAGCAGGAGACGAGUAUUUUGAUAGUUCACCUUCUGAUGUUUUCUUUGAAAUUUAAGAAAUUUCACACCCUAAAUUUACUAGAAAAGGAUAUGAUCUUUAUUAUAAAUUAGAAAUUUCAUUAAAGGAAGCUUUAUUGGGAUUUAAAAAGAAAAUUUAACAUUUAGGUGAUAACUAUGUGAAAAUCGAAAGGAAUUAAAUUACUUCUCCAGGCUUUAUUGAAAGAAUUGUGAAUUAAGGAAUGCCUAUAAGAAAUUAUUAAGGAAGAUCCGGGGAUUUAUAUAUAGAAUAUUAUGUUAGAUUUGAUAACUAUUAUUCAUAAGAGAAAAUUGAAUGUAAAUUUUUAUUUUAAAGAAAAAUAUAUUUUUUUUUUAUUUUUUUAUUUUUUUAGUAUUGA